AGAUUACCGGUAAAGCAAAUGCUUCCCCUGCAAAGUAAUCCAAAACAUCUCCGUGCCAUGCCCAUCAAAUUAAACAAAGCCGAAUUGUUAAUCAAACAAGGACAAAGAAAGGCAGGCAAAAGAUGAAAAAAGCGGUGACGUGGCCACCUGCAGCUAAGCUUAGCUUAGCUUCGAUCGAUGCCCAUAUAUACAUGAGUACACACACAUCUCGCCUUGGGCACUCAGCCAGUAGGCAGCAGCUGCAACAAUGGCGGAUCACCGGAAGAUCACCAGUGAUGAGGAGGAGGCGGCGGUGAAGCCGACGAGGAGCUUCCGGUACGAGGACUACAGCACCAGGAGGGUGUUCCUGCGGAGCUACCCUCUCCAGUGGGACUGGGCGUCGCCGGCGCCGGGGGAGAAGGAGAAGCAGCAGCAGCAGCAGCAGGUGCAGGGCGUCGUCGCCGGCGGCGACGGGGAGGAGGAUGACGAUGAGUACGGCGGAGGAGGAGGAGACGAGCGCGGCGGGAGGAGGUGGCGGCGGCAGGUGGCGGUGGCGGUGGUGGAGUGGGGGGAGGAGAAGCUGCUCCUGCUCCGGCGGGUCAAGAAGAGGCUGGCGCUCUACCUCAUCGGCUGCCACUACGCCGGCCACCGCGCCGCGCUGCCGUUCAAGUCCUCCUCCGCCUCCUGCACCGCCGCCAUGCUCGCCUCCUCCCGCUGAUCGAUCGAUCGGCCGCGCCAUGGCGGACAUGCCCAUACCCACCAGCUAGCUUUGCAAUCAUCGGUCGGUCGAUCUACACAGGUUAAUUUCGCCAUAGCUUUCGAAUCUCCACGUACGCUGCUCUGUUUAUCUGCUUCGAGGAUAUGCCUGAAAAUUCAUCGGUAGAAACGACGAACAUCCGAACAUGGCCUGUCUGUACGUGUAUGUUAGUACAGGUAAUUAAUUAAUGUAAUAAGAAGUUCAGAGCUUGUAAUGGGUGCUGGUUGUGUACAUGUAAAUUCUUCAGGACAAAUCUUUAACAUAGGGAGUUGGGGAUUUUGUAUGUAUGAUGUUGAAUUGCAACAGGAAACGUUGCAGACAGAUUAAUAGGUGAAAAUCUAGCUUUAGAUACUUUUGUGUUAAGAAACGUGAAAAGUUCUUUUUUUGAGUUUUGAGCAUGGCCUGUCUGUUUGUGUAUGUUACUACAGGUAAUUAAUGUAACAAGAAGUUCAGAGCUUGUAA